AUGGAGGAAGAGUGGUAUGAGAAGUGGGAUAGAGAUAAGGGUGAUAUGAAAGAGGAAAGGCUGCAGAAGGCCUUUCCUAAUGCCUUUGUGGAUCGUUUCUUUCCUCGAGAGUUAAGGGAAAGCAAAACUGGUUUGCUCAUCAGGGAUAUGGAUAUCUCUAGGUUGACAGUUCAUAUACAGCAGGUUGAGGAUGACAAAAGAAAGCAGUCGGGUGAAAGGAAUUACCAAGGUGGUGAUAAUUCUCGAGCUCAAGUUACCCAAUCUCAGGAGAGUGGAGGUUGGACUAUUUAUUCAUGCCCUCCGUGUCAGUUCUUUGGUUAUCCUCAUUGGGGAUUCUAUGUGGAAGGUAGAGAUAAGGGCUUUAAGUAUGGUCGUGUGGACCAUCACCUCAAGGAUUUUUCAAUCAACAAGGUUGCUAUAGAGGCAAAAAAGAUUCUAGUGGCUUUAUUUUCUGCUUCUACACCUGGUGGUAUGGCAUCUGCUUCUAUUACUUCUCCUGGUUUUAGUAUUGGUCGGAACAGGUUCUAUGCUUUGACAUCCCGACAGCAAUCCGAGGCAUUACCUGAUAUUGUCACUAGUACAUUACAACUCUUUUCCCGUGUGUAA